AGCUACAUGGAGAACCCGGAAGUGGAUGCAGAGCCUGCAGCAGAAGUCACCUUACUAGCCGCGAAUUAAUUAAAGCAAUCGAGCCGAGUGAUUGAUCCGAGGCGCUCGUCGCUCCGUCUCCCUGCGCGAGAAAUCAAUGCUAUUGUGAGAGGCGCUCGGGGGAGGAGGGGGCCGCCUCCUUUUCAUGCAGUGAUUCCCAUGCAUCUGUGCCUUUGUGUUCUGCAUUCACAGGCUUGACAUGCACGGCUCGGUGCCCUGCAUGCCUAAUGCGGCCCUUUAAAGGACACGUGCAUCGGCCACGCUGCAGAGCCUGAUUAAUGCAUCACGGAAAUGACGCAGUAAUGGCCGAGAUGAGUCCCUGAAUUCACAGUUCUGGGGUACGUGGCUGGGUGUGAUGGUAGCAGAGCCGUGCGGUUAGGAGCCUCUGUAAUCAGCGCUGGUGGAUAUCGGAGCAGCCGCCGGACAGCAGCUAUGUUGGAGGACGCUGCGCAGAAGUGGCACCCGACACACGUUCAGGUGACGGUGCUCCAAGCCCGUGAUCUCCACCCAAAGGGCAAACAUGGCACAAACGACACCUACACCAUCAUCCAGCUGGGGAAGGAGAAGUAUUCUACCUCGGUGGUGGAGAAGUCCCUUCAUCCCGUCUGGAAGGAAGAGGCGUCCUUUGAGCUGCCGGGCCUACUGGUGCAGGACAACCCGGAGCAGUACCAGCUGCAGCUGAGCGUCAUGCACAGGUCGCUGGUCAGCCUCGACAGGUUCCUGGGCCAGGUCUCCAUUAACCUGAACCACAUCUUCGAGAACAAAGAAAGAAGGAAAACAGAAUGGUUUAAAUUGGAGUCCAAGCAGGGAAAGAAGUCGAAGCCGAGGGGGGAACUCAAAGUCAACAUCCAGUUCGUGAGGAACAACAUGACGGCCAGCAUGUUCGACCUCUCCAUGAGGGACAAGACUCGCUCUCCCUUCGCCCGGCUGAAGGACCGCAUGAAGGGGCGGAAGGCUGACGGCGCGUUCUCCGACACCUCGUCGGCCAUCGUCCCCAGCACCAGCGACGCUCCCCGGGAACCCGGCGGGGCGGAAUUACAAGUCAAGGACAAGCCCAAGAAGCCGUUUCUCCUGGGCCCUCAGCGUUUGUCUUCUGCUCAGUCCAUGUCUGAUCUGAUGGGGCCGCAGUCCUCGCGGGUGGGGGCCGGGGGGGUCCCGGUGAAGCCUCCUCUCGGCCCCAUCAGCUCAGCUGAGGAAGGGUUCCUCAAGUCUCCUCACCGGCGGACGAUGAGCGCCGACACGUCCCAAACCGGCCCCGCGGAAAGCACCGGAGGGGAAUGGACCCUCGGCGGAGACCCCGAUCCUGCCCCCGCUGCGGCCCAUGCUCUUCCUCAGAAGUUUGCAACUCUGCCCCGACAAUGGGCUCCCUACGAAGACCACGGCGCGGCCCAGGACGGCAGCCUGACCGGCAGCGCCUCCCUGGGCCUCUUCUCCAAGCCUGCAGAAGGAAAGAAAGAGGGGAGGAAAAAAGACAAAGUCAGCCUUUUCGAUCGAGUAACGGGCAAAAAAGAAGGGAAAAAGUCCGAGCGGCCGAACCACGAGGACUGGAGCCCCGAUACCAGGAUCCCCGACGGCAGCAGCCAACCGCCGGCCGACGGCUACGAGUCCACAAACCCCUUCGCAGCCAACUUCAGGAUGGGAGGCCAAGCCCCGGAGCAGCGAUCCCACCUGAGACUCUCGUCCUCAGAAGCACAAGUGGGGAGCAGAGCGAGAGGAGCCGACGUCUCCUCGGGGUACCCGGAGGAAGGCGUCGGGCUCUACAGACACCUGAGCCGCCGGGAGGUGGAGGGCGAGCUCGCCAAGCACAAGGAGCUGCUGAGGAAGAAAGACUUCCACAUCCGCGAGCUGGAGAAUUACAUCGACGACCUGCUGGUGCGGGUGAUGGAGGAGACCCCCAGCAUCCUGCGCGUGCCCUACGUGCCUUCCCGGAAAGCCGGCAAAUUCCCCCACGCCUAACAUGCCCCCGGUCCCGGGGGGGCGACAUGCAGUCCCUCCGGCCACAAAG